CACUUUCUUUUGUUUCAAACCUCUUCAAAAGCGCAACCCAAUCAAAUACCUCCUAAAAACACAUCCGCUACCUCGAGAUCUGAUUCAAAAGAAAGCUAACAGAAUAAAGAGUCUUGAAGAAGAAGAAGAAAGAGGAGAGAGUACAGAGAGCUCAACUAGCCAUAAACAUACAAAAAAAACACAAUGAAAGGUAGAGAGGGCAAAGGGCCACCAUCAACAGACCUUUUAGUCUGUUUUCCCUCUAGAGCUCAUCUAACUCUUAUGCCCAAACCCAUUUGCAGCCCCGCAAGACCCUCAGAACAAAACAAGCGCCACCACCACCACAAAAAAUUAACCGCCGUCCGAUCUGGCGGCCAAGCCAGUCCUCUACUAUGGGCCAAAUCCAAAACCUCCGAGAUCGCAGAGCCCACGUCGCCGAAAGUCACCUGCGCCGGCCAGAUCAAGGUCCGGCCGGGCCGGCCGGCCAAACCCGAUUCGUGCAAGAACUGGCAAUCCGUCAUGGAAGAGAUCGAGCGGCUCCACAAGAGCCAAAAGUAUAAGAGGAAACCGGCCUGGAUCGAGACAACGUUCGGGUUCAAGAAAGAUGUUAUGCAAUUCCUCACGUGUUUACGUAACAUAACGUUUGAUUUCCGAUGCUUCGGCUCCUUCCCCUCCGCCGACGUCACUUCCGACGACGAGGACGAGGAGGACGAGGAGGCGGAAGACGAGGAAGAAGAAGAUUUCCGAGAUAAAGGCAAAGCAAACGACGAGAGCGAGAGUUCCAGAACCAUGUUCUCCAAAUGGUUCAUGGUCUUGCAAGAAAACCAAAACCCAGAGCCCAAAUCCACAGAAGAAGUUGGAGAUGAUUUAUCAGAGAGCCGAAAUCUGCCCACCGGACCACCGCCGAACGCGCUCUUACUCAUGCGCUGCCGUUCCGCUCCGGCGAAAAGCUGGCUGGAGGAGAGACAAGAGAAACAAGAAGAAGAAGAGAAGAAAUUAAAAAUGGCGGCCGAGGAAGAAGAGAGCAAUAACGAGAAGAAUAAGGAGAAGAAGAAAGAGAGCUUAGUGGUGAUGAGAUACGGAAAAGAUUUCUACAAAUUCUCUUCAGAAAUUGCAAACGAGACUUGGGUUGUCGGAGGAAUCACAGAUCCACUCUCAAGAAGUAGAAGUUGGAAGAGGUGAUCGAACAUGCAAAUUAAAGGUGUUUGAUCUUGGUGUCUAUGUUUGUUCAGAAAAUGUGAAGAAACUUUGGGGGUGUAUGUCCAUUGUUUUCCCAUUUGAAAAAUUGUAUCUAUGUGUAUACUGGCAUACGUACUGCUACUUUUUUCAAUGAAAAUAUUUUUCUUGUGGCA